AUGCAGACAGCUGGGUUCAGAGGACUUGCAAUUAAGAAGGCCUUAUGGAGAGCAGCCAAAGCAACAGCAUUUCCUGAUUUUAAAGAGGCAAUGAAAAGGGUUGCGGAUAUUGACCCAAAAUGCAAGGAAUGGCUUGAAGAAAAACUUGCACAACAGUGGUCAAAAUCCCACUUCACCACAUGUGUUAAAUCAGACAUGUUGCUGAAUAACAUUUGUAUUCUAGAGUCCAAGCAGAAACCAAUCCUAACCAUGAUGGAAUGGGUGAGGCAGUACUUGAUGAGUAUUCUGCAAGAGAAUAGGGACAUGGCUGAGAGAAAGAGGGAGGGUAAGAAGAUAUGUCCUAAGAUCAGAAUAAUUGUAGAUAGUCAUGAAAGCAAGUCAUGUGAUUGCAUACCAAUCAAAUCUACUGAUUGGGUUUACCAGCUGGAUUGUAGUGGUGGUGAUCGACACAUUGUGAACAUGAAGGACAGAACAUGUAGAUGCAAGAAAUGGGAUUUGACUGAAAUUCCAUGCAAGCAUGCAUGCAGUGAAUUAUUGGCACAAGGGCAUCAACUAGUGGACUUUGUGGAUGAAUGUUAUUCAUGUGAAACCUAUGCCAAUGUGUAUGAAGUAGCCAUUAAUCCAAUAUCUGGACCUAAUCUGUGGGAUAGGACAGGAUACAUUCCUCCAUUGCCUCCAAAUUUUGGAAAAAGAAAAAGGGGUAGGCCUGUGAGGGAGAGAAGGAUGGGAGCAGGGCAUAAUCAAAGAACCUGUGAGUGGAAGAAGCUGGCUAAAAGUGGACUUCAAGAUGGUGCCUUUGACAUGGGAGCUGAAGCUGAGGAGUUGACUCAAGGAGAUGAAUUCCCAUCUGCAUCCCUCUUUUCUGAAAGCAACAACAUCAAAGGGAGCAAGAAAAAGGCACUAAGGAGGCUGCUUCUUCAACAUAUGGUGGUGGCUUCUUUUGAUCUUUCGGCUUCUUUUGAACUUGGCUUCUUCGCCUUCUUCAUUUUUUUCUCAUUUGCUUCAAGAGUAAUUGCACUUCAUGUCACCAGUUGGUUUCACCUUCUAGUCGAUUUAUUUAACGCAACAAACCAGAUGGCUGGAGAUGAAGAAUUGAGCUUGUGUUGA